AUGAGCAAGUACUCUCAAAAUCGUCAAGGAGGAAACAAUUUCUCAUGCCGCGUGACUGUGUUGAUUUUCACCAUUUUGGCUAUUGGCUGCGCUGCGUGUGCGAACAUCUUUCCUGUGUUCAAGAAGGAGAGCAACACUAAGAAGGUAAAGCAGACACUGUGGUACAGCCAGACGACCGUUUCAGGUGGCGUUGGUACCAAGGUUGAUGUGAGUGAGAGUUUGUGCGGGCAGUACAAGCUAUUUUUUCAGGUAUCAGAGGGCGCGGCUGUGGCUGCGGCAGGCAUUGGCCUCGUCGUUUUGGGUCUUGCUAUCGCCCAGCUCAUUCUGGAAGAAAAGAGCUCCCGCUUCACUUGCUGCGCAGCCUCGCUGAUUUCCCUUGCGUUCGCUGCUUGCGGAGCAUGCGUGGCGCUUAUUGUGUAUGGGUACAUGAGGGGUUACUGCCAGAGCGACGCCGUGCUAUCCCCGCAGUACGGUCCCUUUAAGGAUCAGGGCUACAAGUUUUCCGAGGCCUUCUACCUCAUUUGCGCCGCCUGCGGUCUUUUUCUGCUUUCCAGCUUUUUCCAGUGCUGUGCUUAG